AUGAUUACAAGUGAUCAAUAAUAAGAGGUUAAUUAAUUAGAAAAAGAAAAAUAAUUUGAAAAUAAUAAGAUUGAAAAAUAAACCGAUAAUAUUCAAUAAUCAUUAAGUAUGUUGAGGAAUAUGUAAAUCAUACUAAAUAAGGAUCAUCAUUUAAAUGUUGCCAGAAUUUUAUCAUGGGAAUUAGAUAAUUAGAGUUCUAUUGAGGUAAAAUAUGAAACUAAUGGAUAUUCUAUGGAAGUCUUCUUAUAAAAAAGAAGAUCUCCUUUACAAGAAAAUUAAAUAAUCAAUAUUUUCUCUCAAAUUUUACAAGGUUAUCAUCAUCUAAAAAAACUAAAUAUCAUUCACAACAAUCUUAAAAUUGAUAAUAUUUUCAUUAAGUAGAUUCAUAGGGAAAAUACAUUUAUUGUGAUGGUUUAUAUUUCAUUUUAAUAAUAGAUUUCAAAUUAUAUUUAGACUAUAAUCAGUGAUUUGCCAGAAAUAUCUAUAUCACAGAAUGCAGAAAAUAGCAAGGAUAUAUCUUAAUGUAAUGAGAAAAGCGAAAUUUAUUCAGUAUAUUAUUAUUGUUUAAUAUCAUUAGUUAGGAAUAAUAUUAUAAUAAUUAUGUUAUGGAACAAGAUUUUAGAAUAAAUAAGAAUUAAUUAAUUAAUCAAUAAAAUAAAUAGAAAAUAGUUAAAUUUAAUCAUAGGAAAAACUAUUAUCAGAAAAUUUAUCAUAAUUAAUAUAAAAAAUGAUUAUUGAUGAUAAUUUGAAAAGAAUAAGUUGGAAUGAAUUAAUAACACAUUAAGAUUUAUAACCAACAUAUUAAAUAUUGCAAUAAAGAUAUUUUAUUGAUUUAAAUCUUAUAAAAAAUGAAGAAUAUUUUUGUACUUUUGAUUUGUAAAAUGAAAAUCUAAAUUUAUUAACUAAACGUAUUGAAACAAAUAUUUACUAAAAUGAGAUAGAAGAUAUUAGAUUAAUGAAGAGCAAAGGAAAAUUUGAAAAUAUUAUAGAAUAUAUAGAAAUUAUAGAAGAGUAUCCUUUUACUUAUUUGAUAAUUGAAUAUUGGGACUAAAAACUUUAUGAAUAUGCUAAUGAUAGAUAAUUUUAAUUUACUUAAGCAGAACUUUUGAAAUUGUUAUAAGAAAUCAUGAAAGCUUAUUUAGAAGUUUAAGCACUAAAUUUCGUGUAAGUGAAAUUAAACCCAUAAAAUAUAGUAACCAAAUGGAAUGAUAAUUAUCAAAUAACUUUUAAGGUACUAUUAAUUGACUACAUUAAUUAAUAGAUUUUUUUAACAGGAUAAUUGAAGCUAUUUACUUCUGGUAAUUAAUGUCAUAUGGGCAUGUUUCAUUUUGAUGCUCCUGAAAUUAUUCUUGGUUCAACUUUAAAUUAAUAAUCCUAUAUUUUCUCAGUAAAUCAUCUGUUAUAUAAAAGAUAGGAGCUAUUUUACAUUAUAUUACUUAUGGAAAAUAUGUAUACCCUUCCGAAUUAUAAAAUGUUUAAGAGUUAAAGGAAUUUUUGAAUAAUUACAAUUAAAAAGGUUUUUUGUGUUUAAAACCUUUUAAAUAUGUAUUAUUUAUUUAUGGAUUUAGUUUAAUGAUUUAUAUUUGCAAUUGAUUGAUGAAAUGUUAAUAUACUCAGUUCAAUCCAGGAUUGAAUGGGAGAGUUUAACAAAAAAAGUAAUAUUGAUUUUAUAGAAAUCACAUAUAAUAUCUGGUUAAAUUAAAUAAGUAUAAAUGAACAAAGAAGAAAAAGAACAUUUUUAUAAAAUUAGUAAUUUAGAUUAAAGUAUUUUAUAGCUAUGAUUUUAAAAAAACCAUUAAAAAAUAAUGAUAAGCUCAAAUAUUUUGAUGAAUUGUUAGAUCUUAAUCCUUAUAAUUAAAGCUUAUAUUAUAAAAAAGGUACUUAAAAACUAUUUUUAGGGUACCUUUUAUAUGGAAUGAGAUAAAUCCUUUAAGCAAUAGAAUGUUUUGAUUAGGCAAUAAAAAUCAAUCCUAAAAAAGAAUCAGCUUAUAGAAUGAAAUGUAUUUGAGACCAAAUAAUUAUUAGCUUAUCUUUUAUCAAUGAUAGGAAGGAAUUAAGAUUAAAUUAAAUGUCAAGAAGAAUUAAUUAAAAUUAAUCCAAAACUUGAUAAUUAUAGGUCUAAAGGUAUUUUACUUCAUUUAUGUCAAGCUCUUACUUUACGCGAAAUGAGUAAGGUUGAUGAAGUAAUUGAAUGUUGUGAUGAAGCAAUUCAAUUAGAUCCAAAAGAUUAAUUUGCAUAUGAAAUGAAAGGUUAUAUAAAUUUGAUUUCAUUCAUUAGCUGUUUUUCUAAAAGAUUUAUAAUUAUAUGAUGAAGCCAUAUAUGCUUAUGAAUAACUAUUUGCAAUCUCUCCCAAUUCUUGGGAUCUUAUAGUAAUAGGUAGCUUUUAUUUUAAAUAAACAGCUGACUGCUUACACAUCUUAGGAAGAUCUGAUGAAGCAAAUAAAAAGUAUGAUGAGGCUAUCUAAUUUGGACCAGAUAAUCCCUAUCAUUAUUAAUCUAAAGGUAUUUUAAUUGAAGAAUUUUAGCAAAAUUUUUAAGUAAAAUAGGAAAACUAGAUGAAGCCAUAGAUAUAUUAGAUAAAGGUAUUGAAACUAAUCCAAAUAAUUUAACUAUUUAUAGUAUUAAAGGUUAAAUUGAAAAUAUAUAAUUUUAGUGGAGUUUUUAAAAGAAUUAGGAAGAUAAGAAGAUGCAAUUAACUGUUUAGAUAAAGGUAUUAAAUAGAAUUCAGGAGACAUAAAAUUCUUAUUGUAAAAAGGUAUCAAAAUAGUAAUUAAAAUAUUUAGCCUAAUUUUUACAGUAAAUUUAAAAAUAUUAAGAAGCAAUCGAGUAUUUUGAUUAAGCAAUAUUAAUAAAUCCAUAAGAUACUACUAAUUAUUUAGACAAAGGUAUAAAUGAAAAUUUAAAAAAUAUAGCUUUAUGUCUAAGAUAUUUAGAUCGAUAUGAUGAUGCAAUAAAAUGUUAUGAUUGGGCAAUAUAAUUUAAUCCACACAAGGAUAAUUUGUUUAUGCAAAAAGGUUAUAAAAAUAUUUGAUUUAAUCAUAGGUGAAUUAUUAAAAGAUAUUGGAAGAUAUAAUGAGGCUAUUCGAUGUUUUAAUACUGCAUUAUAAAUUGACUCAAAUUUAUCUUAUUGUUAUGUAUUGAAAGGUAAAUAACUAUAUGCAAUUCUAUAUAUUAGGGUAAUGUUUAUAGUACUAAGGGAAUUACUAAGAAGCAUUGAAUACUUAUAAUUCUGCAUUGAAAAUAGAUCCAAAUGAAUCAUGUUAUUAUGAUUACAAGGGUAUUAUUUGACUCUAAAAUUGAGGCAAUUGUCUAAUGUUGUUGAAACAAUAUGGAGAAGCAAUAAAAGAAUUUAAUGAGUCUAUUUCUAUAUAUAAUGGUAAUUUUGAAAAUUAUUACAACAUUGGUAAUAAAUAUCUAUUAGUCUUUAGCAAAAUGCUUACAAUUUUAAGGAAAAUAUGAUGAGGCAAUAGAUUAUUACGAUAAAGCAAUCUAAUUAAAUUCAAUGGGAUAUUAUCAUUAAGAAAAAAGUAUAAGUUAAAUAAUAUUUAUUAGAAAAUUGUUUAGAAGAAUAAAAGAACUCUCAGAAAGCAAAGCCUUGA